GCGGCGGCUGCGGCCGCGGGGGAGGGGCCCGGCGUCAGCGCGUCGCCGGCUGGGCCGCGCCGGUGGCCAGGAGGGAGAGACUAGGAGGAGGAGGAGGAGACUCUAUAUUCCUCGAGUGUUGGGACUGAAUUUGUGCUGUUCCUGACAGUGUCCUCAACACUUACUGCAGUGCCUGACACAUAGCAGGUGAUAGACAAUAUACAAAUAUCGAUUGGAUGUAAUCAACAGUAUCUCUGCAUUAGCCAGGUUGGACAAAUAUAUAGAGAGACAUCACUGUAUCUGGAUCAUCAGGAUCUGUGAAGGUUUGAAAGGGCCAAUGAGUAUUCUCAUCCUUGAGGCGUUCUAUGGUGGGUCCCAUAAACAGCUGGUGGAUCUGCUUCAAGAAGAGUUAGAAGACUCUGUCCUUUAUACCCUGCCUGCAAAGAAAUGGCACUGGAGAGCAAGGACAUCAGCUUUGUACUUCUCUCAGAAUAUUCCCACCAGUGAGCAUUACAGGAUCCUCUUUGCAAGCUCAGUGCUUAACCUGACUGAACUGGCUGCCCUUCGACCUGACCUUGGGAAAUUGAAAAAGAUUCUGUACUUUCAUGAGAACCAAUUGGUAUAUCCUGUCAAGAAGUGUCAGGAGAGGGAUUUCCAAUAUGGAUACAACCAAAUUCUCUCCUGCCUGGUGGCUGAUGUGGUGGUAUUCAACUCAGUUUUUAAUAUGGAGUCAUUUCUCACUUCUAUUGGAAAAUUCAUGAAGUUGAUUCCUGAUCACAGACCCAAGGAUCUGGAAAGCAUCAUCAGACCCAAGUGCCAAGUUAUUUACUUUCCCAUCAGGUUUCCUGACGUGAGCAGAUUCAUGCCCAAGCACAAAGCAGCCCAUUUACAGAAGAUACUCAGCCUUAAAGAAAAUUGUGGCAAUGCUCCAUCCAUGGCCCUUCGUUUCCAACAGGAGCUGAGAGGUUCUGAGAAUUUAUUAAAGAGUUUUGAUUCAACGUCUGGACCCUGUGAUGCUGCACAACAAGAAAGCCUGGGUUGCUCAGUAAGACAGGCGUCAUACUUGAAAACAUUGAACUCCUCAGAUGAUUCAAGCACACAUCAUGGGGAACAUAAACAAAAUCGGUGUGACAUUUUGGCUGAAGCUGAUGAUCAGCAAAGACCAUUACAUAUUGUCUGGCCUCACAGGUGGGAGCAUGAUAAAGAUCCAGAGAGUUUUUUUAAGGUAUUGAUGCAUCUUAAGGACUUAGGACUCAAUUUCCACGUAUCUGUCCUUGGAGAAACCUUCACAGAAGUCCCAGAUAUAUUUUCAGAAUCCAGAAAGGCAUUGGGAUCUUCUGUGUUGCACUGGGGCUACUUACCCAGCAAAGAUGACUAUUUCCAAGUACUGUGCAUGGCUGAUGUUGUCAUCUCAACAGCUAAGCAUGAAUUCUUUGGAGUGGCAAUGUUGGAAGCUGUGUAUUGUGGGUGUUACCCACUUUGUCCCAAAGAUUUGGUUUAUCCCGAAAUAUUUCCAGCUGAAUAUCUGUAUUCUACACCUGAACAGCUUUCAAAAAGGCUCCAGAAUUUCUGCAAGAGACCAGAUAUUACAAGAAAACAUCUCUAUAAGGGUGAAAUGGCUCCUUUUUCUUGGGCAGCCCUACAUGGUAAAUUCAGGUCUCUGCUUACAGCAGAACCUAGGGAAGAUUUGUGACAGAUGGGGCUAAGUCACAAACUUGCAGCCUAAGGCAGAAUCUGUAGAACUUUCCAGAGUGUGCCCAUAUUUACCUGAUCAGAGAGAAAAGAAAAUCUGCAGAGGAAGCUGAGCCUGGCUGCUUGUCAUAGCUGACACAGAGCCAUCUGCCACAAACCUGUGGCGGCUUCAGAUCUCCAAUCCCUGCCACCACCCCAACUCAAAUUAAAUACAGAUUCCUAGAGACGUUAUGAUGGUUACACAUGUCCUCGGCAUCACAUGGAGGAGACUGUUCAAAAAAAAUAUGUGGCCUGUUGUAUAACCGCACUCAUGUAUCCCAUAUGUGGUGCCACAUUGAAUUUCCGGUUGAAUCCGUUUUUAUCCUUUGUACUGGAUGACAUGGUGCCUGAAUUCUUUCUUUUCGCCGACACGAUGGCAGCCAAACUGCAGCUUCAAACGCUCUCACUUGGCUGGGUUUCUACCUAGGUUGCCAGGUUAUCAUCGGAGCCUUCUUGUGUCCUCAGAGGGCCACGGGGCCUGAAAGGAGGAUCAGAAUGCUACUGACUAAUUGGGCAGCCAUCUCGGAAUUGUUUGUGGGCAAAGAGCUGCUCUAGCACUUUUCUUUUAGCAAAUUAAUGACUCCCUGGCACCAGGGUUUUAAGUGAAGGUAUUAAUAAGAAGUCUGGCAGGUAUUCCCAUGAUUCACAGUUACAUUUGCAUUUAAUUUAUCUUAAAGAAAGUUGCAAGAUAAACAGCUGUAAUUCAGACAAACAUGGGAAAUACACUAAGUGGGGCCAUCUCGCCCAUAAAAUGAACACAGAGAUACUUGUUUUAAUUCUUUUCCAGGCAUAAAAAUAGAGAAAUAAAAAUACUUCUUACAAAACCAGUAAUUUUGAUAUAAAUAUUUGUCAAAAAUAUUUGCAUCCAGCUACAAAUAUAAUCUUCUCAAGAUAAAUCACUUAUGAUUCCAAUAGUCAAGCUGGUGUAUUUGUUAAUGUCAAGAUAUUUUGAAUGGCUAGAUUGUAAAAUAAAUUUUUAAUAAAGUGCCCACUGCAAUUUUUAAUUAA